GUCUAUGGUAGAACGGCCGCCAUAUUUGUGAUUUGUCGUUGUUGUCAAGCGUUCAUUUUCAUUACACAUUUUAGAAUUUUAAAUGAAUGUGAAAGAAAAUCUUGUAGAAUUGUAUUGAAAACGGUGCUACUAAUAUUUCUAAACUCAAUCAUACAAUAGGUAUUAGUAUAAGUCGGUAAUAUGACCGAAGCCGAAGGUGAGUGUUGCUCCAGUUUUUUGCGACGGCCUCUUGAGGAAUACGUUUUUAACAUUAUUUAUUUUGCAGAAUUCAACCAGCAAAAGCCUGGGAAAACGAGCAAGCAGCAUAAUGUAUUACCAAUAUGGGGUAAUGAACAAACUAUGAAUCUGAACCCUCUCAUAUUAGCCAAUAUCCAAGGUUCUAGCUACUUCAAAGUGCAUCUGUUCAAGUUGAAGACAUACCAUGAGGUGGUGGACGAGAUCUACUACCAGGUCAAGCACCUGGAGCCAUGGGAGCGCGGCAGCCGCAAGACGGCCGGCCAGACUGGCAUGUGUGGCGGCGUGCGUGGAGUGGGUGCAGGUGGCAUUGUGUCCACAGCAUUCUGCCUGCUCUACAAGCUGUACACACUGCGUCUCACUCGGAAACAGGUCAACGGACUCCUGCAGCACACUGACUCUCCAUAUAUAAGAGCUCUUGGCUUUAUGUACAUUCGGUACACACAACCACCGGCAGACUUGUUCGACUGGUAUGCAGACUAUUUGGACGACGAGGAGGAAGUGGACCCCCGCGCCGGCGGUGGCGGCCCCACUACUAUGGGCACCCUCGUCCGGCAGAUGCUGGUGAAACUCGACUGGUUCAGCACACUGUUCCCCCGCAUCCCCGUCCCCAUACAGAAGCAGAUUGAGCAGAAGCUAGCAGAGCAUAGCAGGCAGAGUGCGGCCACGAAACCAGUGGCGAACAACUAUCAGCGGGCCAGCACCGCAGGCAGCGGAGGUGGCGGCGGCGGGGGCUAUAACCCGCGCACAGAGCCCGACAGACGGGAACACGACGACCGUGACCGCCGCGACUAUGGAGACAGAGAGGACAAGUACCCAAAAGACAAAUUCAAGCGGGAUGACAGAGAAAGAGACCGCGAUAGGGACAGAGACCGCGAGCGCGAAAGGGAUAGAGAUCGGGAUCGGCGUGACAGAGGCGACCGCGGGGGCGACAGGGACCGCGAACGCGACCGCCGCGAUCGUCACCGGGAGCACUCCCGUGACCGACACCGCCAGCGGUCGCGAUCCAGAGACCGCCGCCACAGAUAACACGCUAAUUUAAUGUUAUCUAAUGCAAACUGUUCAGAAUUGUCUUUAAAAUAUAAUGACUAAUGUUUA